CCUCAGAGGCGGAGGUUCGGGCCAGCCCUGCGUGGGGGCUGGGGCUAGCUCCAUGCUGUGUCCUGUUUUCCCUCUGGGAAAUAUGAUCACCCAACGUAUAGCUCCCCAUGGCGUUUACGUAACCACUCAGCCCUGCUCCUGGAGCAAUCCCCACCCCCGUGGUAGUCCUCUGCCCCAGGCCAAUAGCCCCAUAGCACUGCCCACGGCGCCACCACACCGCCUCCCGCGAGGAACCUUCGCCCCGCCCGGGCCCCUGCUGCGCGCGCCGAGGCGGCACUAAUGCGCCUGCGCGGCUAUGGCGGCGCCCUGCGCGGAGAUGGAACCAGCAGCGGCUCCUCGCAGUCCAGGCGCGGAGGAGCUGGUUUGCCCGCGGGGCCGCAACCGCAAGACUGUGCUGUGCCAGCGCUGCGGCUCGCGCGUGCUGCUGCCCGGCGCCGCCACCUUCGCGCGCAGAGAGCUUUUCCUUCCCUCCAUGAAGAAGAAGACGGCCCUGCUUGCCAGCAACUCUCUGGAUGGGGACGUGCUCCAGGAUCACUGGCUCGUAGAUGACAUGUUUUCCUUUGAGAAUAUUGGAUUCACCAAGGACGUUGGGAAUGUAAAGUUCCUCAUAUGCGCAGACUGUGAGAUUGGGCCGAUUGGCUGGCACUGCCUAGAUGAUAAGAAGAGCUUCUACAUAGCCCUGGACCGUGUUUCUCAUGAGUAGCAUCCUGAGUCGAGCUGGGACUCUCUGCGAGGCCAUCCCAGCUGGUGGCCAGGAUUCCUCAGUGCAACCAUUCCACAGCUCUUAACAUGUACCAACAUGAAGCCAGAGGCACCGGCGCGUGGACUUGAACAUGGCAUGGAUUCAUCUUAACACUUUAUUUAAAGCAAUGGGCAAUUAUUGUCACAUUCCGUGCAUUACGGCUUCCUCUGGUCCUUCCUCCCACUGUAACGCAGGGAUGGCGAUUCCACAGUCUUUCCAUUUCUGAUUUUUAGUCCUGACUCAUGGGCAGUCUCAUCUUGGUUCCUGAACUGUAAAAUGUGAGCAUAACUCUUGUCACUAGAUGUCUUUCCCACAGAAACUCAUGGUUUGUUUUUUAAUUUAAAUUUUGACUGGAAUAUGGAACAUUGCAAUGUAUUUCAACGAAAAAGCUUUCUCCAAAAGGGAGGAACAAACUAGGAACUGCACCUUUGAGAGGACAGCUAGGUAGAUAGAACUUUGCCCAUUUUCUCAGGCAUUUUAUCCAGUUUUAAUGGUUUCUCACUAUGAUUUGGACUAAAAGGUUUGCCCUUCGUGCCACAUGUAAAAGUUUACAGCCCGGGCAGCUUUCUCCCUCCUUUUAAAAGAUUACUUUCCUGCUUGUAUUUACAGUUUAAAUUGUUCACGGCCUGGCAAUGAAAGGUGGCCUGGGCUGGUGCUGCUGUGGAGGUUUCAUUUUGCAGGAAGUAUAAGGGUGUUUCCUGUGUAAGAUAAAAUCCAUAGUCAAAUUGCAAAAAGUAAAUGUACUUGAACUGCUAUAAUCAAUAUUCAUGUUUUUCAGUGUGAUGUUUGUAUUGUCUUUUGUCUGUAGAGGCUUUAGUGAGGGAGGACAGUAAAGUAUACAUUUUUGUAAGUUUGUAUUGCUUGCUGUAGACUUACUGGUCACGCUGCAAGUACAUUUGAUUAAGACUCAGUUUGAUUAAGAGAAGUUUAUUAAGGUCUUUCCAAAAAUGUGAUUGUGAAACUUGCUUAAAAUUAGAACAUGCUUCCUUAAUACAAAAGUCAAGUUCUUAACAUACUGUACAGGAAAAAAAAAUUGGAAACUGAGUGUCAGCAAAUAUGGUCCUCAAUAUGGACCAGAUAAUUACAAAAGUUAGCUCUUGGUGGGAGGAACUUGAAAUGCAUUUAUUUUAGCUAAAAAUGCAUAAUGAAGAAUCAUUGUCUUUUUAAAACUUCAUUAUCUUGAUGCAUGUGAAAGCGUUGGACUCUGUGAGUUAAAAGAAAACAACAUGACAUAUCUGAAUAAUAAACCAGCCGCUUUGUCCUGGG